AUGCAAUCCUCCCCGUCCACGCUCGACAUCGCCCCCGCCGCCUCCCCCGCGCCCGUCAUCGUCUCCUCCACAGCCACCCUCAUCCUCCUCCUCUCCAUCUCCGCCGCCAUCGUCUUCCGCUCCCUCGUCCUCCGCCAGCGCCACCGCCGCCUCGUCCACCAGGCCAUCCUCGCCGGCACCUACGUCCCCGGCGUCUUCCCGCCCCCGCCCGGCGGCGGCCGCAGGGCCGUCGCCCGCGCCGCCGCGGAGCCCGGCCCCAAGCCGGUGCUCUACGAGGUGUAUGUCGGGCAGGACCGCGCGCGCGACGGGAUGGCCGGCGAGAAGGGGAAGGGCGGGUGGGAGGGGAUGCUGCCCGUCUCUGCGUCUCGCGCCGCCCCGCCCCCGCCCCCGCCCCCGCCCAACCCCUCCCGCGCCCGCGCCGCGCACGCUCCUCGAGCGCCUCCGCCACCCGCGCGCACGCCCCACGACGACAGACGUAGAGAUGACACAGCCAUCUGCACCCGGCGCGGGCGUCCCCGCCCCCCCGCGCCCGCGCCCGCGCCCGCGCCCGCCUCCCCCCAAGCACAGAUCACGCCCCAGCCGUUGCGCGUCGCCGUCCUCGUCGCCAUGCCCGCCCCCGCGCUGCACCACCGACCGCUGUCGACGGCGACGCUGUCCGCGGAGCUGAAGGGCAAGGCGCGCGUGGAUGUAUCUGAGGUGGGCUGCGGGCCAGGAGGGGAGAUCGGGGGGGAGGGACAUGCGGAAGGAGGGGGAGGAGAGGUGCCCGUGCUCGAGCUGGGCGUGGUCGAGGUGCGCGUCCCGCUGGAGAGCGUCGUGUAACGAGACGUGUAGAUGGAUGGAUUCUACGCUGUACAUUGCGAACUACGCCUACGCGCACAGGAUGUAUCUCGCCACACGCAACUCUCAGUGGUUCGCGGCCUUUUGUGUCCAUCUAUCCAGCCCCGCCUCGAACACCAAGUUCCCAACUUCCCGUGCAGUACUUAUUCACGUUCACGCUGCCCCCCCGCGAACGCCGGAAGAAGUAGGGUAAUGGUAAUGUCAUGCAGCC